UGACCUGAAGAAUUCCACGAGGUGCAAGUGAGGAGAGAGAGCUUUCAGCCAUGGAGAGCAUUCAACCUUCAUUCAGUUGAAAUGGAAGUUUAAAUGGAGAUAAGGAAGCAAGAAAGUUUAUUGAUGACAUCACUAUCUAUGAAUUUUACUGUAGCUCAAAAUGCAAUUAAAUUCCUGUGAAGAGUUUGGUAACUACUUUGAUAGUUGGUCAGCCAUUAAUGAUUAUAGAAAAAAUCUGAGAAAGAGAGAUAGACUUUCUAUUUUUGGCAGGCCAGUAAAGAUGAUUUUACUCUUAUGUUUUGUGAUGAUUUGUCUUGUAGGAAAUGGUAUUCUAUUUCAGAACAUUAUAUAAGUAUAUAUUUUCGGUCAAAUCAGAAUGGAUAAAUACUAGAACAGGCAAAGUGUGCCAGAAAGGCAGAGGGGGAAAAAAAAGUCAGAGAAGGAAGGGUGGGAGAAAAUGACCUUAAAAAGCCAGAUGGUAGGGAGUGGUAAUGUGCUGGUAAUUAUUUCAGGUUCACUUUCUUGGUACAUGGUUUCCUCUAGUCCCAGGAUAGCGCAGGAGCAUUCUUUUUUUUUUUUUUAAAUUUUUUAUUUUUAAAUAACUUUUUAUUGACAGAACCCAUGCCAGGGUAAUUUUUUACAACAUUAUCCCUUGCACUCACUUCUGUUCCAAUUUUUCCCCUCCCUCCCUCCACCCCGUCCCCCAGAUGGUAAGCAGUCCUUUACAUGUUAAAUAGGUUACAGUAUAUCCUAGAUACAAUAUAUAUGUGCAGAACCGAACAGUUCUCUUGUUGCACAGGGAGAAUUGGAUUCAGAAGGUAUAAAUAACCUGGGAAGAAAAACAAAAAUGCAAGCAGUUUAUAUUAAUUUCCCAAUGUUCUUUCUUUGGGUGUAGCGCACAGGAGCAUUCUAAGAGUUUAGUGGUUUGCUUUGUAUUUUCUCCAGCAUUUAACAUUAUGCUCCACACAAUCACAUUGAUUUAAGUCUUAAUGGUAAGUUUUGGAUGACUAGAGCAAAUGUCUUAGAACAACAGAUGUAAAAAUUUUUUGUUAUACAGGACUGUCGGAGUUCUUCAUUGAUAGCUUCUGCUAUAUUUGGCUGUAUGGAAAAUGGCAUCAAAUGAUAACCAGGAUUCUAAUAAAUUAUUAGAUUGGAAUAUGACUUCGGGUCAGGUCAAUCAAGAUUUUUUUUUGCCUACUUCAUGUGAUCACACAGAGUCAGUCAUUCCAUUGACGUCCCCUACAUCAAUUGAAUUAUUAGACAUACUUAUGAAAAGAAGUCAGCAAGAAGCAACAGAAUGGGAAAGCAUUAAUGCACUGUUAACGAAGAAUGGCUUAAAACCAGUGUUUUUUGCCAAAAAGACACAUGAAAAAAACCCAGGCGAUUUAAUCAUUUUUGACAAACAGUCAUCACAGAGGAUUAGACAGACUUUAAAAAGGUUGGUGGAUGACAGUGCAAGGAAUCAGAAUAUGAUCCAUCAGCUCAUUGAAGCAAAUCAACAGCUUAGAGAUGAACUGCAGCAAGAACAAAUCCAAACUUUGCAGGAAGUAAAACGAGCUAAUGACUUAGAACAAAUUGUGGAUAGUGUGAAAUCCAAAAUCAUUGAACUUGAAGAAGAAUCUGUAGUCAUGGUAUCACAGCAACAGAAUCAAGUAGAAGAGUUUCAAAAAGAUCAAAAGGCUACACAGGCAAAGUACCAUCAAUGUGAACAAAAAUGGAUGGAGCAGCAAAAAACUCUUUCUUGUUUGCAGAAGGAAAUUAACAAAUUACAGAAAGAGGAAGAACUUCGUGUUGCCUCUCAGAAAAGAGUUUUUAAUCGGCUUUGCAAACAAGCAACACAGACUGUUGUGGAUAAACAGUUGCUUAUCCUGAUUGAUUAUUAUGAAUCCAAAAUUAGAAAAAUUCAAAAGGAACUAAGGCACUAUAAAGAAGAUACAGAUAUUGAAGAAGGAGGAAAAGGAAACUCUAUAGAUCUGGAUGGUACACCACAUUAUAAAAAACUUCUUAUGUCAUUCCAGAAUCAACUUAGAGACAUUAAAGCCAAGAAUGAUAAACUUUCAUGUGAAAAUCAGAAUCUCCGCAAAGAUUUAGAAAACAGGCCCUCAUCACAUGAAUUAAGAAUUUAUAAACAACAAGUGAAGAAACUGGAGAAAGCACUUAAGAAAAAUAUAAAAUUACAGGAACUCAUCAGAGAAGACAAAUCUGAGGGCUUAGACAACAGAGUUUCUGAGAUGAGCAAAACAGAAAGCCAGCGCCAGGCCCUGCUUGACCAGAAAUACUUCAAGGUCUUAACCAGGAUCGACUCAAUUAUAAGUAAUCCAAGAGCUCCAAUAGUAAUAUACAAACAGAGCAAGGGAUCCUUUCAGACUUAUAAUAAAACUAAAAGUCAAGAAUGUGAAUUUGAGCAUCUUCCUCCCACAAUAGAAAUGUGGAGGGACCAGCUAAGAUCUCUAAAGGACUUGUACAGAUCCCUGGAAAAACUAUCUGAGGUGUUGUUGCCUUGGCAUAAUAUGAAACAAUAUGAAAAGAGUGAAGAUGGCAUUAAAGUGGAAGAUCUUCUAUUUAUUGUUGAUACCAUUUUGGAAGAAGUUGAACAUAAGAAAAAGGAUGAUGUACCUUGCCCUGAAACUUUACAAGCAAUUGUUAAUCACUUUCAAAAGCUAUUUGAUGUGACAUCUGUGUCUGGAAUCUAUCCUCGAAUGAAUGAAGUUUACACCAGACUUGGAGAAAUGAAUAAUGCUAUGAGAAAUAUCUAUGAGAUUCUAGAACUAGAUAAUUCAUCAUCACUAAGUGUCCUUGUGAAUACAGUUGGAAAAUUGUAUGAAAUAAUUAAUGAAGAUGUGGGCAAACAUGUUCAACAAGUGUUGGGGACCCAGGACAUCCAAAGCAUUAUCAAUAAAUUAGAAGAAUAUGAUGAAUUUUUCCCAGCUUUUCAGGCUUUUAUGCAGGAUCUCCUUCAGAUUUUAGAAGUCAAUGACUUGGAUGCCAUUAUUCCUGAAGUAAAGAAAUUAAAACUAAUUACAAACUGAAGAAAAUGAAACCUUCCUUUUUACUAUGUAAAUUUUAUCUGUAAUAUAUUUUCUUUAUGACUGGUCUGACAAGGAUUAUAUUUACUUGCAUGAUUCACCUCUUUUUCCCAUCCUGAAUGAACCCUGGUAGCAUGGUCAAUCUUCAUUCUUUGCAAAGUUAGUCUAUUUUAGUUGGAUAUUUUUAAUCCCUAUUUACCAAUUCUCUCAGAUUUAUGCAGCAUGAUUUGUGGGAUUGAAUAAUUGGACUCUGAGCUUUCUAAUUUUUCUUUAGCAGUUCUUGGCUUACAACAUUUAUGGAAAGCUGCUUAUGUUUUGGAAAUAGAGGGUAAUGAUGUGUUAAAAAUUGGCAUGGGGGUAUUUGCCUUUUAAGAUUUCCUUUGAGAUUUGAAAUUUAGAACUCUUAGCACCUUUGGCCCAAGGGAAGCAGUACUGCAUUUGUUGAAGACAUCACUUCUCUAGCAAAUUUGAGGAGCAAACAAUUCCAUAUCUCCCCAACUCAGGAAAGAAAAGGAAAGAGUUUUCCAAAAAAAGCUAGGCGAAGGUAGAAAUGUAAUGCUAUCUAAUUCUUUUCUUUAACCCAAUCAGUGACAAGCUGUGCCUUGAAUUUAAUCUUUUGAAUAUGCCAUGCCAAGGACAAAACACUGAAUUUAGAUCAUCUAUUGUUGGCAGAACCAAUUACAGUUUCAUACUGGAGGGUAAAGGUCAGGGAUCAUAGGUAAAAAACAUUUUAAAAAUUUUCUUCCCAUGAUGGAAUGAAAGAGGUGAAUAAAUAGGAUGAUAACUACCUCAAGAAAGGGUGUUUUUAAGAGCUCAAUUGUAAUAUAUAUUUUUAGAACAUGAGACUGGAAAUAAAUAUUUUAUAAAAGUAUGUCAGAACAUAUUUAUAAAA